CAACUGUCCACUUUUGUUGAAAAGCAGCAGCGGUGGCGUAUAUCCAUGAAGUUAAAUUAGAUUUUAUAGUUAACUACUCAAGAUAUAACGAUGGAUUACCAUUAUGAACAGACUAGUGAAGUAGAAGCUUUAGAUUCGAUCUACUAUGGCGAUAUGCAAAUAAUAGAAACUGAGCCGUUCCAUAAGUUCUCGAUACCGAUAAAGUCAGAAGGCUACGACGACGGCGAAGGUCUGGCAUGCCAGCUGGUUUUCACAUACACCGCAAAAUAUCCUGAUGAGGUGCCUCUUAUAGAGAUUGAGAAUGAAGAGAAUUUCGAUGAUAUAGUAGACAAACAGGAAUUACUGACACAUUUAACAGAACAGGCUAAAGAAAAUUUAGGCAUGGUGAUGAUUUUCACACUGGUGUCAGCGGGGCAGGAAUGGCUCAGUGACCACUGGGACCGCGUCAAGAAGGAACGGGAAGAACAGGUGCUCGCCAAAAUUAAGGCUGACGAAGAAGCUGAACAGAAAAGGUUCGAAGGCACGCGGGUGACGGUAGAGUCAUUCCUGGCGUGGCGGAAACAGUUCGAGAUCGACAUGGGAAUCCCGCAGAAGCGCGAGCGGGAGGCCAAGGGCGGCAACAAGCUGACUGGCAAGGAGCUUUUCCUUAGGGAUACCACGUUGAAUGAGUCCGACUUGAAGUUCUUGGAUGAUGGCGACGCGGUGAAAGUGGACGAGUCACUGUUCCAAGACCUGGACGAUCUGGACAUCUCGGACGAGGAUGAUGAAGACUACGUGCCCGGACAGAGCAGCGACAGCGACUAGCGACACACGAGCCACACAUGAGCGACCCACGAGACACACACGAGCGACAGAUGAGCGACAGUGGACAAUCUCAUUAGUAGAAAGCAUAAUGUACUCGUAAGUCGUGAUUUCAUUGCGUGUUUUUUAUUAAUAAUACAAAUUUAAGUGUUAAUUUAUCUAAGUAUAAACUAACACUUAACUAGAGAUAAAUUAACGCUAAAUUUGCAUCACGAAUGAAAGUUAAAAGUACACGCAAUGAAAUAGUGACUAAAAAAAAGUAAGCUUCGCGCGAGGAAUUUUAAACUUUGACCCGCCUGUUCCUAGGUCUAUCGCGCGCGCAUAUAUUGCGGUCUCGCUUGCAGUGUCAUUGACUGCUGGCAUCAUGGGCGGGACAGCUAUAUAACGUGCGAUGGAGAUAGGAACAGGUCAAUGUACGAAAUUGCUCGUUCUAAGCGUCCUUUCCUUAGCUGUUUCGUCGUGGAAUUACCCCGACGUGCUCGGGUAAACUAAAAAUACGUUGACAAAGAAUUUAUACGAAUAUUCAUUAAAAUAAAAAAAAUGUCUCCUUAUGGAGGGUACUUCCUCUGUCUAAUAUCUUAGUCCAAUGUGUCUCACAUUUUGUGUAAUGAGAAAGUGAGAAGCAAUGCAAAUUGGACAAAGAAAAUUGGACAAGUGGAAUACCACCCUUAGCUUUGAUACACAAAUGCUAAUGUUUGUUAAAAUUAUCAACAAUAUGCAGCAGUCAAAAUAUUCGUCAAUGUAUUUUUGGGUAACCCUGCAACAUUGACUAGGAAUCCUCUAGACCGAGUUUAGAGCAAUUAUUUCAUGCACCCGA